AUGACCGACGUCGCGUCAUCGACGCCAAUAGCGGGACGCAUCAAGUGCAUGCCUAUUUUUAGGUACGUCAAAUUCGAGCCACUGAAGGAAUUUGGUCCCCCCAAAAGCGCGUCGGUUCCCCGCCGUCUCAAAAAAUCUAUUUUUCGGUGUCCCGCUUGCUCAAAAGAAUUUCCCAACGUCAGGCUGCUCAACUUUCAUCGGAAAGUCCAUCAGGAAACGACGCAACAUUCGUUCAGCUUCAACGAGGACACGGCGAGGUACAUCUGCCAGGUUUGCGACUCGAGUUUUGCCACCAAAUCGAACGUGGAGAAACACCUUAAUGUCCACGCGUACUCGUGUAAGUCCUGCGACCUCAAAUUUCUACGACCCUACAUCCUAGGCUGUCACAUGGCUGAACAUGAUCCCGACCAAAUGGUAUGCUGUCCUCUCUGCUGUUACAAGUCCCCCCUGGCUUGCAACCUAAAUUUUCACAUCAAUUCGGUCCACCUGAAGACUAUCUCGUAUAAGUGUCACGCGUGCAGCUCGUCAUACACAUCACCCAACAACCUCAGCGAUCACGUCAACGUGGUGCACAACAAAACCGACCCGUACGAAUGCGUGGUGUGCCAGAGAAAGUUUAUUUUGGCCACCAGUAUGCACAGACACCAAAUCAAUACGCACCGUCCUCUGGUGGAAGGCGACGUUCCAUCCACCUACUGCAUCGUCUGCAAGAGGAUGUUCCAGACCGUGGCGUCGCUCCACAAACAUAUGAAGGUGCGUCAUCACGACCGUAAGAAGGAAGGGAGACGGGAGAGGUUCGUGUGCGACAUCUGCGGCAAGGACUUCGCUCACCGUCAGGCGUUGAGACUCCAUCAGAAGGGACAUAGCGGCGUGAAGCCUUAUCAAUGCCGGUUCUGUCCCAAAACGUUUAAGGCGAUCGCGCUGAGAAAUGUUCACGAGAAGACCCAUUCGGUGGAGAGGCCUUUCGCUUGCGAAUAUUGCGGCACCUGUUUUAAAAUCAAAGAGGGUUUGCGAAGGCAUAUCAAGACUCACAGUGACGUCAAACCGUUUAGGUGCGACGUGUGCAGUAAGGAAUUUAGGCGCAGGGAACACUUGAAGUUGCACUCAAAGAACUGCCAGAAUAUCAUCGCGAGGGAGGCGAGGCGACUGAUUAAGAAGGACAAGAGUUGA